AUGUACGCGACUAGCAUCGACGAGGCUGCUUCUUCCAACACUCAUUUUUUGGUUGACUGUCAGGGGUUUCCGUUGAUUCGUCAACGCUCUCUCCUUACCCAACCUGGGGUUGCUACGAGACGAUCAACAAAAAAUGCUAAUCAACGAUAUCCCUCCCCGGUAUCUCAAGAAGCUCAUUUCAUAUCUGAUGACUUAAAAGCCCCCCAGCCUACGCAGUGGCCCCCAUCAACCUCGCAGGUUAUUGAAUCCAGGCAUCCUCUUUCACUUGCACAAUUCCGCCCACCAACGCCAAAUAACUUUGAGUAUACACAUUUGGGUGCACUCAAGUUAGGAUCGUUACGAGUCGUAAAUGGUUCUACGUCUCCAUGUCCUAGUGAUCGAACCCAGUUUAAUCAGUGUCGAAGUCCGAUAACAGAGCCUUCACCGGGCAGUACGUAUCCGAUAGGAUCAGAACGCACCGCGGGAAGGCACGAAGCUCUAUCGAAUGCUAUAUCUGUUCCAGCUCCAACCGAUAACACGGAAUGCAGAUAUGGUGGGCCCUCACUCAUGUUUGGGAGUCUGUCAAAUCGGAUCAGAGACGGCAUGUCAGCUCCUAUAUUACAGACUCAGCAUCUGCCUGAGGUCCGAAGAUAUGAUGAUUCCACAGCAAGUCCAUUUUCAUUCGACCAGUCUUUAAAGGCUACAAACCCUCAUACCCUCUGCGAAAACGAAACUGGAGAUGAAGGGAUCUUUAUACCCGAUGAUGAUAAAAGCAUAGCCUUCCGUCUCGGUAAAACAUCCUCAGGGAAUCAUUGGCAAAGAAGACAGUCACGAUCACAUAAAAAAGAUGACAGCGGUUAUAGCUCUGCAGCUUCAAUUCGUUCUCUCCAGGGCAGCCGUAAUAGGACGUCGUUGGACUCCCAUAUGUCCACAAGACGUCCGUCCCUCAAAUACCGCCGGUUUAGCCUAGAAGGCAACGCUAAGGACAUUGACAGGCAUGGUGCAAUGGGUCCUUUAUGUUUCAGCAACCAUCUCCCUCUGUCCCUGACUCGCCGAGGUUCAAAAGUGGAUCAUAGACCCGAAACGAGCAACUGGGUGACAAAUAUGUCGACAAUGUGCCAUGAACCCCCUCAGAGACAAGGAAAUGGACGGACAAGGAGCUUGUCAAAUACAACCCGGCGAGCUUCUAUCUUUCGGACUCUAUCUCUUCCCCGAUAUUGUGCCCAUCUACGCAGUCAGGAUUCUGCUGCCACCGAAAUGUCGAUUUCCUCGCUGCGUUUCACAAACACGAUUGAAAUGGGAAACCGCGGUCAAGAAGCACUAUGCCGACAACCCUGCUGUGGUCUGUCUAAGCUCAAUAUGAACUGCGGCUGUGAAAAAAAGGACCCCACAAGAAUAGAUGCUUCGAACCAAAACACACUGAACUGCAGCGGUGUCUUCGACAAUGCAUUUCCCCGCGCCACUGAGAUCCAUAGGACAUACCUGAGUAAAGGUUUAGGACAAGCAUAUUACACAAAUCCAGAUUCAGAAUGCAACAGCCGAGCAAUCAAGCUUUGGUGCUCAAGACCGGGCGUUGACGACAGUGCGAUUCAGAUAAAGCCUGCUCCGGAAAUAGUCGAGGGCAUGACCUACGAGGAUAUUCCCAACCUUAAUCUUGAAAUCCCACGAGGUAGGCCGAGGAGUCGGAGUGACGAGUAUCAACGUCACCAAUUGUCAAAGCAACAACAGCGACGAAGCAUCUACACAGCUAAGUCCCCAUUGGUUGUCAGUCGAUAA